UAAGUGUGUAACCCUGUAAUGAAUUGAAUUGAAGAGGAGAAAAAAGAGAGAAAGCUUUAAUUCUUAGAGAGCGUGUUUGUGGUUGUGUGAGUGUGUCGGCGCUGGGUCACUUUCUGUCAACAUUGUCUUGUAUAUCCAACAACAAGAACAAAGGGGGCGCAUUGCAUUUUCUCUCUCCUCUUUCUCCUUCUCGUUCUUCAUCCUUCAAAAUACUUUAAUUUAUUCCAAAGUACUACUUUGAUGAAGUGGAUUGAUUAGCUGCCAAUUGCUAUUCCAAAGUACCCAUUCUUAUUUUUAUUUUUCUUCAUUCGGCGCCCGGUUUGAUUCUGCUAAAUUUUUUCCCCCUUUUUUAAAAUUUUAUACUUCAUUAUAUAUAUUUUUUUUGUGAUUUUUGGAGUUAAAUAAGAACACCCUUCUGUCAAUGGAAAGACCCCAAUUCAUGAACUUUUAUUGGUGAAUUUUGAAGUGGUUGUUGUUAAGAGUUUGAAGAUCAAAUGUAAAUUAGGUUUGAUGAAUGAUAGCUUCUACUACCAUUAGUAGCUGAAGUGGUUCGAGUGCCAAAUGUCAAGGCAUCUUGCAGUAAUAUUAGGAGUAGUUGCAGGAGCUGUGGCAUUUGCUAGUAUAGUUGUAUAUGUUAUUUGGUUUUGCUGCAUCCGUAGUCGAAGUGCUUCGAGAACUUCUGAAACUGGGUCUUCUGAACCUUCUUAUCAAGUAGGAAAAUCUGGUGGCAUUGAGUUGUCUUUUCGAGAAGCAAGGCGCUUUAACUGGGAAGAACUCUGUGCCGCUACAAAGAACUUCAGUGAACAAGGUCUAAUUGGAGUAGGAAAGUUUGGAGAGGUCUACAAGGGAUUGCUCACAGAUGGUGUGCUGGUAGCCAUUAAAAAGCGGCAUGUUGCGCCUACUCAAGAGUUUGUUGAAGAGGUGCGCUAUCUCUCAGCUAUUCACCAUCGGAACAUUGUGACACUCUUAGGUUACUGCCAAGAAAAUAAUCAACAAAUUCUUGUUUAUGAGUACAUACCUAAUGGAAGUGUUGCCAGUCAUUUAUACGGACCUGCUCAUGUUUCACGAGAGAAGCUGGAAUUUAAGCACCGAUUGUCAAUAGCUCUAGGGGCAGCUAAAGGUUUGGCUCAUCUUCAUUCCCUUAGCCCCCGUUUGUUGCACAAAGACUUCAAGACCUCAAAUGUGCUUGUUGAUGAAAAUUUUGUCGCAAAAGUUGCAGAUGCAGGAAUCCGGAAUUUUCUUGGAAGAUCUGAUGCAGCGGGUACAUCUUCUCAAGUGGAAGCUGAUGAGAUUUUUCUUGCCCCAGAGGUGAAAGAGUUCAGACAAUUUUCUGAAAAAAGUGACAUGUACAGUUUUGGUGUUUUUCUCUUGGAGUUGGUCUGUGGACAGGAAGCAAGAGAAUCAUAUUCUCCAGACUCCAAUCAAACCUUGGUCGAACGAGUGCUAAAUUACCAUGACUUCAGCACUGUCUCUACCAUGGUUGAUCCAAGAAUGGGAAAUAGGUUCACAGUAGAAGGUAUGGAAGAGUUUGUACAGCUGAUUGUCCGUUGUAUAGAUCCGUCUUGUGAACUCCGACCCGGGAUUAGUUAUGUGGUUACGGAACUCGAUCAGAUAUUGGAGAAAGAAAUGAACUUGACUACAGGCAUGGGGGAAGGAACCCCUACAGUUACACUUGGAAGCCAGCUUUUUAGGGGUUUGAAAUAAUAGGGCAUUCAGCCACAACUGUUUCUGGUGUGAUUUUUGUUAAAUAUUUCUUCAUUCAUCUUCUCCAUCUGGAAAAAUAGAAGUCAAAUCAUCAGAGACAUGCAGCUGUUUGAUAAUUGUAUAAAGAACAGCUGUUAUAUUUUUUUAUUUUUUCCGCCUCUUCAAUUUAUAUGUGUAUCCAAUCAAAAGACCUUAUUCUAAACCAUUAUUUGUUUGUUAAUGUAUAGUGGUGAUGUGAUUUUGCUGGA